CGAUCAUCUCCGCCAUAGUCCUUUUAGGUGAUUAAUUUUUCAUCAUUCUGAUAUGCAAAUUUAAAUUCUCAAUAGCGGCGCUGGCCGGAGCUGAGAGGGCGAGAGAGAGAAAGAGAGAGAGAGAGAGGGAGAGGGGGAGAGAUGACAAGACGCGCAUCGUCAGAUGUUUAGCUGAUUCCCUUUCAAGCUUCACCAUAAUUUCUGCUGUGCAGUUUUUGGUCUUUUUUCUCCCCUCCGUCGGUCGGGUUCGGGAAAUUCUGCGGCUCUCGAUGUUGUAAUCCGGGGGAAUAUGUGAAGAUCAUGCUGGCGGUGUGGUGCUUCAUGGUCUUUGCUGCAGUGGGCGAGAGGCUUGCAGUCUCAGGUGCGGACAGGAGCCCAGUGCAGGAUGGAGGAAUGUGGGACUGGUUUACUCUGGCAGUGCGUCCGGGCAGCGGGGACACUGCCACUAAGAUCACCUAUCCGAAGCGGCUGGUGCAGCAGAUUGAGUCGGAGGAGGAAAUGACUCAUGACCACCUGGAUACCAGGGUGAAGAACAGCACUGGGGACACCUUG